GUUGCAUGAUGGAAUUUGAACAUUACCUCAAAAGGUUUUAUGUUUUGGAUUAGUUAAUGAUGUUUGCCCUCUGCUGACUGUUUCUUCAGAUUCAGUUUUUGGUAUUCUUCUGAGACAUUAAACCCAAAGAGAUUUUACCAUGGACUGCAAAGAAAGCUGCCCAAGUGUUAGCAUUCCCAGCUCUGAUGAACACAGAGAGAAAAAGAAGAGGUUUACUGUUUAUAAAGUCCUGGUUUCAGUAGGGAGGAAUGAAUGGUUUGUCUUCAGGAGAUAUGCAGAGUUUGAUAAACUCUACAAUACUUUAAAGAAACAAUUUCCUGCUAUGGCCCUGAAGAUUCCUGCCAAGAGAAUAUUUGGAGAUAAUUUUGAUCCUGAUUUUAUUAAACAAAGGAGAGCAGGAUUGAAUGAAUUCAUUCAGAACUUGGUUAGAUACCCGGAACUUUACAACCAUCCAGAUGUGAGAGCAUUCCUUCAAAUGGAUAGUCCAAAACAUCAGUCAGAUCCAUCUGAAGAUGAGGAUGAAAGAAGUACUCACAAGCUACACUCUACCUCACAGAACAUCAACCUGGGACCAUCUGGAAAUCCUCAUGCCAAACCAACAGACUUUGAUUUCUUAAAAGUUAUUGGAAAAGGCAGCUUUGGCAAGGUUCUUCUUGCAAAACGAAAACUGGACGGAAAAUUUUACGCUGUAAAAGUACUACAGAAAAAAAUUGUUCUCAACAGAAAAGAGCAAAAACAUAUUAUGGCUGAACGUAAUGUGCUCUUGAAAAAUGUGAAACAUCCAUUUUUAGUUGGAUUACAUUAUUCUUUCCAAACAACUGAAAAACUUUACUUUGUCCUGGAUUUUAUUAAUGGAGGGGAGCUGUUUUUUCACUUACAAAGAGAACGGUCCUUCCCUGAACACAGGGCAAGGUUUUAUGCAGCUGAAAUCGCCAGUGCACUUGGUUACUUACACUCCAUCAAAAUAGUGUACAGAGAUUUGAAACCCGAAAACAUUCUUUUGGAUUCAAUAGGACAUGUUGUCUUAACUGAUUUUGGGCUAUGCAAAGAAGGAAUUGCUAUUUCUGAUACCACAACAACAUUUUGUGGAACACCAGAGCCCCCUUUUUAUUGCCGAGAUGUUGCUGAGAUGUAUGACAAUAUUCUUCACAAGCCCCUAAGUUUGAGACCUGGAGUGAGUCUCACAGCCUGGUCCAUUCUGGAAGAACUCCUAGAAAAAGACAGACAGCAUCGACUUGGUGCCAAAGAAGACUUUCUUGAAAUUCAGAACCAUCCUUUCUUUGAAUCGCUCAGCUGGACUGAUCUUGUACAAAAGAAGAUUCCACCACCAUUUAAUCCUAAUGUGGCUGGACCUGAUGAUAUUCGGAAUUUUGAUGCUGUGUUUACAGAAGAAACAGUUCCAUACUCUGUGUGUGUGUCUUCUGACUAUUCUAUAGUGAAUGCCAGCGUCCUGGAAGCAGAUGAUGCGUUCCUCGGCUUCUCUUACGCACCACCUUCAGAAGACUUAUUUUUGUGAACAGUUUGAGAUUGAGAACACAUCAAGCAAAUAAAGACCCACAGAUGGGACUGAAAUUCCUAUUUGUGUGAUUAUCUGAAAACUGUCUAACUUCAGUGCCUCAUUUCUACAUGUAAUGUUGAAAACUAUGAAAAAUGUAUUUUCUGCUGUAUGUAAGAAAAUAGGGCAUUUCAAAGAGCUAAGUUUUUAAUGAAAACUUUUAAUCUCAUUUUAAAUGAAAACUUUAAAAACUAUUAUUCUUAGCAUUAACCUAUUUUUUAAAACUUUUUUGCUAUUGACUGUCUUUUUCUAUGUUUACACUAACAUAUACCUAACUAGAAUGUUUUUUGAGAAUCUCUUUCAAUUCAGUUAAUAAUAACUUUUUUUUAACUCUUGUAUGACUUCUGUUUUCAAAUUAAAGCUAUGCAAUUGGUAUAUAGUGAUUUAAGAAGAAACUAUAUCAUGCCUUAUAAAGACGCUAUUUGGAAUAAUCAAAUCACAAUAGGAUUAAAUUACUAAAUCAUAAUUAACAUACUGGCUACUAGUUAAACUUUUGAACCCAUCCAUUCUGUAAAUCAUUAAGUAA